GAGAGAGAGAUGGGGAACCGGGUCGCUCGCCAGGACUACGAGUGGGUCUACACGGACCAGCCGCACGCCGACCGGAGGAAGGAGAUCCUGGCCAAAUAUCCAGAGAUCAAGUCCCUAAUGGGUCCUGACCUGAGGCUGAAAUGGAUUGUUGUCAUGAUGGUGGCCAUCCAGUUCUUGGCGUUCUAUUUGGUCAAAGACUUGGACUGGAAGUGGGUUUUGUUCUGGACUUAUGCCUUUGGCAGCUGUAUCAACCACUCAAUGACCCUUGCCAUUCAUGAGAUCUCCCACAACACAGCCUUUGGCAACAACAAAGCCAUGUGGAACCGCUACUUUGCCAUGUUUGCUAACUUGCCCAUCGGGCUGCCCUACUCGGCCUCUUUCAAGCGCUACCACCUGGACCAUCACCGCUAUCUGGGUGGGGAUGGUGUGGAUGUGGACAUUCCCACUGAGUUUGAAGGAUGGUUCUUCUGCACGCGCUUCCGCAAGUUCGUAUGGAUCAUCCUCCAGCCGCUGUUCUAUGCCAUCCGGCCUCUCUGCAUCAACCCCAAGCCCAUUACUGGGCUGGAGCUGGUCAACCUAGCCACCCAGCUCUCUUUUAAUGUAGUGCUGUACUGGCUAUGGGGAGCCAAGCCUGUGGUCUACAUGCUAGCUGGCUCCAUGCUGGGAAUGGGCUUGCACCCUAUUUCUGGCCACUUCAUCGCAGAGCACUACAUGUUCCUCAAGGGUCAUGAGACCUACUCCUACUAUGGCUCCCUCAACCUGCUGACCUUUAAUGUAGGAUACCACAAUGAGCACCAUGACUUCCCGAGCAUCCCAGGACGAAGGCUACCUAUGGUCAAGAAAAUAGCAGCAGAGUACUAUGAUGAUCUGCCUCAGUACACAUCGUGGGUCAAAGUCCUUUACGAUUUCAUUAUGGACGACACUCUCAGCCCAUACUCCCGUGUGAAAAGAAAGCUAAAAGGAGAUGUCAAGCAGGAGUAAAUUUCUCUCCCUUAUUCAUGUCGCACAUACUUGACAUCAUUCUCAACUCAUCAUCCUAUAAACUCAGCAGCUUUUAUGUACUAAUACACACUCAUCCUUUGAAACGUGUUUAUGUAUCUGUAUACAAGAGGAAAAAGUGGCGGGUAUGUCUCUUCCCUCCACAGUUGAGAGCAGAGAUUUGACAACAGACUAUUGUAUAAUGAUGUUGCUAUUUGCACUCAUUAACCCUUGGCAGCAAACAUGCUAAUUCUGUCCCCCAUGAACAAGACCAGUGUUGUUUAAUGUGAACAACUAUGUUAAUGAGCGGCCGGAAUCCCAUUCUGGUUUCAGUGUCAACGUUUUUCAGUUAAUUAAGAGAUUAACAUGGGUUACUGAAUGUGUCCCAAGUUUAUAUUUUCAUCUUUUUUUACCAAAGCUGGCUGGCACAAAAUACUUUGUGUCUAUAGCGCAGCUACUGCAAUAGAUUAACGCCAGCCACCAUAAAGCCCCACAAAUCUCUUACUGCCUUAUCUUAUCCCUCUGGUCAUACAGUCCACUCUGUGCAUAACUGUAGUCCACUGACUUCCGGUUUCUACUGCAGCGGUCAUACCAGUUUCCUGUUUGUUAGCACACGCUAACAAACAGGAAAUGGCAUAUUUUUCACGAUGCCUACAAGAUUUACCAUGGAUAAAUGUCAACGACAUGCACAGAAUUGUUGACAAACUUUCACCUGCACCUACCAGCAAACAGGUGAAAAGUUUCAAGUUAUGGCCACAAUUAUGAGGAUGAGGAUACUCAGGCAUCGCGAAAAAUAUGCCAUCGUCAAUAACACAUGUCAACAAACAGGAAACUGGUAUGACCGCUGCAGUAGAAACCGGAAGUCAAUGGACUACAGUUAUGCACAGGGUCGAUUGAAAUGAGCCCAAAUAACCUUAGAUAAUAGUGGAUAUUCUGUGUAAUGAUAUAAAUGUGUCGCUUAUCAGUACGUAAAAGAAAUGUUAUGCAUUCCAUGAACAUGUUCCAAAUUUUAGGAUUUAAACAAUUCUAAAACUGUGCCAUUUGUACAGUGCUCAUGAAUGUCAACCCAACAAGUUUAAUUCAGCCAAAAUCGCUGAGCAUUGAUGUUUUGUUCUCCCAAUUUAGGUUAAGUAUAGGUAUAGAGAAAAUGGGAUUUACCAAAGUAGAAAGGAACAGGUCUUGUUCUCGGUGACUUUUGUACUUAAGCCUUAAUGUGUGAUGCAGAGGAUACAUUAUCUUGUCAGAGUACAGUGGUGACAUGGAAUAUUGGCCAUGCAUAUAGCAACAGAUUUUGUAGUCUUUGCUUUUUAUGAAUUUCCCCUUUUACAGGACAGUCCUAGUAUAAGUUCUGUUGAAGACUUAAAAGAUUAACAUGAAACUGAAAUUUUCGUUUGCUAACUAGAAAAACUUCCUUGUAGCUUGAGAAACCAAAGGUCAUUUAUUAUUAUUAUUAUUGUUAUUAUGAUUAUUAUUAUUUUAAUUGAAACCAAAUGGAAAUUGCUAAAUGGUAGUUUUGUCAAUUGGUCCUUUUUAUGCUUACAAAUAUUACACAUUAACUCAACUAAUUAGUAUUUCCUUGUCAGGGCUGAGCGAUAUGGAAUCAUAGCACGAUAUUUUUGGACCAAAUAGCCCCUACCUCGAUAUCAAUAUUGUGACGAUAUUGUAGGGAUGACUAUUGGUGCUUUCACAAAACAUUUACACAAUCAGAUUUUGAAUAAAUAAUCAUCAGUAAUGCCUUAUAAUAACUAAAUUGGCAAAGGCAAACAAUAGAACAGUCUGCUAUAUUCAGAAAAUUA